AUGUUCUCUAAACCCUUUCGCAUUAAGUCCAACACGGCCAUCAAGGGCUGUGACAGGCGCAAGCUUCGUGCCAACGUGGCCGCGGCUUUUCCUGACCUCGGCAGAGACAAGAUUCCAGGGAGGAAAGAGCUCAACAUUGUCCGGCUCUGCACCCACAAGGAAGAAAUCGUGAUUGUAUACGUGAGUGGGAGAAACCCUAUUCUGUUUGAGGUGGAGAGAAAUCUGUACCCAACCAUCUAUACCUUGUGGGCUUACCCCGAUCUUUUGCCGGCCUUCACGACAUGGCGGCCAUUACUAAAAAAGUUAGCGGGAGGAGCGGACGUGAUGUUGCCGGGGCUCGUGGUGCCCCCUGAUGGGCUGCCGUUUGUAGAGCAGGGGGACCUUUGUGCUAUCACCGCGGUGGGGAGUCGGGCUCCUAUUGCCAUCGGAGUGGCUACGAUGCCCACGACCGAGAUGAUGGCUUGUGGCCUAACGGGGAAAGGCUUUACUGUGCUCCAUACCUACCUUGACUAUCUGUGGCGGUCUGGAGACAAGACCCCCCCACCUUACAUUGUCCCAUUGGACCAAAUUCCUCCCGAGGUCGAGGUUAGCUCUAAAGUUAAGAGGCCUGUAGAAGCGGGGCGUGUUCUGCAGGAAGAGGAGGCAGACUGUCUCACUCUGCAAAGGGAGAAAGAGCGAGCUCUGGCAGAAGCCCCAGAGAAAUGGAAUGAGGCAGCAGGGGGCCAGGAUACUGUUGAUAGCAAGACCCUUCAGGAGGAAAUGGAUGAACUCCUCAAAAAAUGCUUCUUCCAUGCCCUGAAGAGCCUGGUCACCAAGGCUGACCUCCCCUUGCUCACCAGCACUUUCCUGGGUAGUCACAUGUUUUCUUGCUGCCCCAAAGGGCAACAGCUGGACAUUAAGAAGUCAAGCUACAAAAAACUCUCCAAGUUUCUGCAACAAAUGAUGAAGCAGGAGAUCCUGCAGGUGAAAGAGCUGAGCAAAGGUGUGGACAGUAUUGUGGACGUGGACUGGGCACACCCCAGUAUUGCUUCUUUUACUGUGCCCGAGUCAUCCCUGACUGCCCAGAAAGUUAGCAAGAAACAAACCUAUUUUGCCCCAGAGAUCAAAUCUCUUUACUGUAUCCCAGCCACCAUGGUUCCUCUCUUCAAGGACUCUGGCCUCAAGAAAGGGAGUACCCUGUCCCGCAGGGAGGUCCGAGUGAUCAUUAUGGAGUAUGCAAAGAAAAACAACCUAAUUGAUGUAGAUGACAAGGACCUUAUUAUGCUGAAUCCUACCUUGUGUGACUGUAUUCUGGAGAAGGAGGAGCAUCACAUAGUAGUGAAACUCCCAAAGAACAAGCUCUUUGCAAAAUGUCUAGAGAAACUGCAGCCUGCCUAUAAAGUGACUUUUGUUGGACAAGAACCUAUAGUGAAGAAAGGAAAAUUUUAUCCCAUUGACAUCACUCUAGUACGGAGAACAUUCAAAAAAAAGGUGACUGUGAUCCGGAACCUAGAGAUCUUCGGUCUUGACCCAUAUUCUGUGGCUGCCAUUCUUCAGCAACGUGGCAAGGCCAGUGCCACCGUCAGCCAAAUCCCUGGGACCAAAAAUGCUUUUCAAGUCCAAAUCCAAGGCAAUCAGAUUAAUCAUCUGUAUUGGCUCCUUCUUGAAGAAUAUCGCAUCCCUCGCAAAUACAUCCACGGUCCGGAAAACUCUCUGAAUGCUUACAACUACUGA